GCGGGCUCGUGCGUGCGAGGUGGUGGUUGGGUCUAUUUUGUGGAUAACUGGAUCUGGAUAAGCAGGCAGGCGCGUGUGUGCGAGGUGGCGGGUGGGAGUCUAUUUGUGGAUGGCUGGAUCUGGAUAAGCAG